UUUGGAGCAGUUUUGCGCUGUGGUUGGAGUUACAGUUUUUAGGAAGUUAGUGACGGGUAUUUUUACUAUUUGAACAUUUUUAAAUGCUAACAGAUUAUUACCCAAUGGAUUAGUGGUUGCUUUUUAAUUCUAAAUCGGUUAAGAAUACAGUUAUUAUUCUUUUUAUGUGGCAAUGCGAGAAAAGGAUAGGCAGUAUCAGCAACUGGCGGGCGGCCGCCAUCUUCCAGAUGAGGUUUUUCUCGUUUAUUAGGUUCUAUUCGGUUAUAAUUGAAUGUGAUACGAUAUCGUUAUAUUAAUGCGAAUCGUGUUUUAGUGCGUGACAUAAGCCUGCCAACCAUUUGGAAUAAUCUGGAUACCACAAGACAGAUUGCCGAUGGGGCGUAGUGAGGAUCUGACGGGAUGACCGAGAGCCGCUGGAUAUCCUCAGGUGGCGCUGGCGUGAAGAUGGAACACCACUUCCAAGCUGCCCUGGACCCCCGUAAGCAGGAACUGCUGGAAGCGCGUUUCCUCGGCGCACGGGUAAGGGAGCUGGAUGGUAGCUUUUGUGACAAGGACAUGUUGGAUUCUAUGUCCGCUGGCUCCCAAAUACAAAUGGCACCACAAUCAGGCCUCAGCACAGGCCAGUCUGUUCAUAGCCAGGACUCUAAUAUGAGUACAGGUUCUAGUGAUAAGGAGCAAGACUGCGGGACUCCAGAGAAGCUGGCGCGGCCAACGUCAGACAGGAAGAGGAAGCGGAAGGGAGGCGACGACGGAGCAAGCGCUCUUGGUAGUGGUGGCAAGGGCGGACCCAGGUCCAUCGACACCAAGAAGAUCAACGACUACUUCGUCAAACACACGGGCAACAGUCCCAUCCGGCACGGAGGUGCCAAGAGUCCAUCACCGGGACAACAGGGAUACCCCAUGUAUCCUCCAUCGCCGGGGGCCACCAUGCUGCCCAGUGCGCAGGUGCCUGUGGUAUCUCAGGUGCAGGCGCAAGACUACUCUGCGCUGAUGCAGCCUCCUCAGCCCAGGCUACCAGGCGCACCUCACCCCAACCUCGUCAGUAAACAGGUUCAGACUGACCUAACUUGCCAAAGUAUACAGGAGUUUGAAACGCAAGCAUCGUCUGACUUAGAACUGAGAAAUAAUAAAAUAGAAGAGCUCAAUAGGUCCGCUGAAGAAUUAAGGCACCAAUUGGCAGCCCAACAAAAGCUGUUAGAACAACACAAAGCGCACACGAAUAAGUGCAUCGACGUUGUUAAGAAACUGCUCAAAGAGAAGUCCAACAUAGAAAAGAAAGAGGCGAGACAGAGGUGUAUGCAGAACAGACUGAGGUUAGGUCAGUUUGUGACUCAGAGGGUAGGCGCCACCUUCCAGGAGAACUGGACAGACGGAUAUGCAUUCCAGGAGCUCUCUAGGCGGCAGGAAGAAAUAACAGCGGAGAGGGAAGAAAUAGACAGACAGAAAAAACUGCUGAUGAAAAAGAGACCGAGUAAUUCAGAGACUGGACGGAAACGAGCAGGUAGUCAGGGUGAUCGGGGCGUGGGGGCAGCGCAAGGAGCGGCUGGGGCUGUAACGGCGUUACACAACGGCACCGACAACGCCACCUUCCUCAAACCUGACGCUCUCCCAGGCUUCUCUGCCCAGGAGUACUACGAGGCCGAUGAAAUACUCAAGCUGCGACAGUCGGCACUGAAGAAGGAAGACGCAGACCUACAGCUGGAGAUGGAAAAGCUUGAGAGGGAACGAAAUCUCCACAUCAGAGAGCUGAAGAGGAUCCACAACGAGGACCAGUCAAGGUUCAACAACCACCCAGUCCUCAACGACCGGUACCUGCUGCUCAUGCUGCUGGGCAAGGGCGGCUUCAGCGAGGUCCACAAGGCUUUUGAUCUGAAAGAGCAGCGGUACGUUGCCUGUAAAGUUCAUCAGCUGAAUAAAGACUGGAAAGAGGAUAAAAAGGCUAAUUAUAUUAAGCACGCGCUGAGGGAGUACAACAUACACAAGGCGCUAGACCACCCGCGGGUGGUGAAGCUGUACGAUGUGUUUGAGAUAGACGCCAAUUCCUUCUGCACGGUACUCGAGUACUGCGACGGUCACGACCUUGACUUCUACCUGAAGCAACACAAGACCAUCGCGGAGCGCGAGGCUCGCAGCAUUGUCAUGCAGGUGGUGUCUGCGCUCAAGUACCUCAACGAGAUCAAACCUCCCGUCAUACACUACGACCUCAAACCUGGCAACAUAUUACUUACGGAAGGCAACGUGUGUGGGGAGAUCAAGAUCACAGACUUUGGCCUCAGUAAGGUGAUGGAUGAGGAGAACUACAACCCUGACCAUGGCAUGGACCUCACCUCGCAAGGGGCUGGCACCUACUGGUAUCUCCCUCCAGAGUGUUUUGUCGUUGGCAAAAACCCUCCAAAAAUCUCCUCCAAAGUGGAUGUUUGGAGCGUCGGUGUGAUAUUCUACCAGUGUCUUUAUGGCAAAAAGCCAUUUGGCCACAACCAAUCUCAAGCCACGAUCCUAGAAGAGAACACAAUACUGAAGGCAACCGAAGUACAGUUUGCCAACAAACCUACAGUCAGCAGUGAAGCAAAGAGUUUCAUCCGAGCUUGUCUUGCGUAUCGUAAGGAGGACAGGAUCGACGUGAUGGCACUGGCGCGACACGACUACCUGCAACCGCCGGUGCCCAAGCACGGACGCCAGUCUGCGGCUAGCAGCAGCAACCUCAGCAGUCUGCAGCAACAACAACAGCAGCAACAGAGUCAGCAGCAUUCGUCAGCUGGCUUCAGCACCGGCAUGUUCAGCGGCAUGAAUGCAUCCUCCUCCUCGUAACAACCGCCGCGUCCCCACUUGUUAUCUAGUCGUUAACACUACUGCGUCGCGCCGUGCUGCUGUUAUUGUUCCUACCGACCGACUGAGACUUUUAUAAAAACGGUUCUGUGAUACCCGGUCGUGCGGUGUUUCUCUGAGACUAAUUUCACAUACCUCGGUUGCUGCGCGUCGUACGAAUGUAAAUUAUCAAGCGGAUCGAUACAGUUUAGUUGGUUUAUCUGUAAGGUUUUCUUUGGAUUAAAAUUUUAUUCAUCACUGACUAUUGUAACUAUUUCUUGUCUGCGCUCUAGCCUAUUUAUUGUUAUUUUAUUUUAACAAUUAUUUCUUAUAGGUCUGAUUUUUUAUUUUAUGUAUAAUAGUCCAAUUUUUAACUAAGUGGAAAUAAAAAGUUUAGUUAGUUAUUAUUUUUGUUUUCAUUUUGCUCCUGCUAAGGUAAAAAUUUAAUUUAUUUGGGAAUUUGAAGAAACGUACGUAGGUACCAAAAUCAUUGGUAAUGUUUUCAAUGUGUGGUAUUAACAGUGUUUGCAAACAUAAUCAUUCAUAGGACAUAAUAAUCAUAGUAUUGUAGAAAAAUAAAGAUUUUUCAACUGCCGUUAAUUUAUGUAUUUAAAAUGCUAUGUGAUAUUGUGUCUCUUACAACUGUAAGUCAAAAAUAGUUUGAGGGUUCAAAUCUAAUAAGAUUUUAUCAAAUGGAAAAAUCGAUAAAAAAUCAUAAUUUUAAUUUUUACAUUCUUUUGUACCAACCAAUCUUGUUAGUGUAGAAUUCCUCCACUGGAAAUUUAAUUUAUAUACUUGAAAUACAUUUGUUGUUUUUCGCUCAUCACAAAUGACGAGCAUGUGAGAGUGAGUUGUGCAAUGAUGAAUAAAGUUUUAAUCCGCAGACUGUCACGUGGUGUGUGAAGUUAAAGCUUGUUCCUGAGGACGCUCCCGGAGUGAAGUGAUGUACAUAUUGUUGCCUAGCGUAAGCACCUGUCUCCACGUCCAACGGUUGGUACAUCUCGUGCAACCACCGCAUUUCUACAUUUCUUGUGUUUCUAUACAUUUAUAUUUUUAUACAUUUUAUUUGUAUUAUUCUGUUUUUCUUGUUGAUAAAACAAAAAGUUAUUUAAAGAGAUCGGCUAUUUCUGAGAAAAAGAUUCUUUAUCAUAGAAAUUUAAAUGAUUUUGGUUUUUGACUAUGUUGAGCAGGCCUACUCAGCUUUAAAUUCCAAUAGAAUUGAACAUUUUGACAAUGAUGCUUGGCAAAAAGACAAUUAUUUAUUUACCCAAUGAUUUAUUUUUUGAGUGAAUUUUGCCUACAGAGAAAAUGCUAUUACUGUAGGUUUUGUAAUGUUUAUAAAUACUUGAGAUAAUUAAUUGACUAAUUGAAAAACUUAAAUAACAUCCUCCUUUGACAGCAAACACUAUUGACCACAUUGACAUGUUUUUGUCGUUUAUUGAGCGUUAUUCACAGAUGUACCAACCCUCCUAGUCUUUCUGUAUCAUCAACAAUUUUUGACUAUUGUAACCUUUUACUGUUAAGCAAUUAAUUAUACCUUAAAACUAUGAUUGUAAGUGUGCAAAUUUAAAGCGAAGCUGAGGCAAAUUUUUUUCACUGUUUUCAAAUCAAUUUGAUUUAUUUGUUGUUUGUUUUUGCAAUACUGUCUAAUUCUUCAGUAUUUGUUUGUUUGUUCUUGCCGUAUUUGUAAAAGUACCUCAGACUAGAAAAUAUGCUUCUUAUCAUUACAUUCUAUUCAAAUUUUCAUUUCCCUUCAAUGACUAAAAUAUCUGUGUUUUGAUGUAAAUUUUAAUUGUUGGAUUACAAUAAUUUGUUUCAUUGAGCUAUACAACUCGAUUUUAUCAUAUGAGAGUAUCUGUUUUAAGAUGCCAGUAUUGGCAAUAACCUUUAGUUGUAAUUGUUCAUUUACUGAACGCUGUUAAAAAGUAAAAUCUACUUUAAUGAUCAAAGGGCCCAGACAACUCUUUCUAAUAUUUCCCACACUGCAUAAUUUAGGCAGUACAAAUCUGUAGCCACAAAUAAGACACAAACUAGAUUUGAUUUGACACAGUUUUUUUACAGUAGGCCUCCUAGUACAAAUAUACUCAUCUUGAUAGGCUUUGUAAAGUGUGUUGAGGGUAUGUCCCUCAACUCGAUCUUCUGUCAACAUACAGAUUCAUUAAAUAAUUUAUAUUUUUUAUAUGUUUACAAUUCCCAUAAAUAUUAUUUUAUUUAUUGACAAAAAUGAACAGCCAUUCAAUGAGUUGUUGUAUAGUUGUGUUUUUUAUAUUGCUGAUUAAUAUUUUACAAGAUUGUUUAUACCAUUAAAGAAUCACAAAGUUGUUUAUGGCUAAAAUAUUAUUGUCUGAUACCUCAUUUAGUUGCUUGUGAUAAUAGUUUUAAUCAUUCCAAAAUUUUAUUUUGACUAGUAUCAACUAAGACAAUACAGCUGUUACGAUUUUUUCUUGUUUUAUGGAUACAAAGGUAAAAUAGGUUACAAUUUCAAAAAUUGUUUCAAAAUUUUCAAAUUGUAAGCCCAGAGUAAACCGAUGUUUAUAUUUUAACUUUACCAUAUUUAUUAAAUAAUUUAGACUCUAGAAAGUGGGCGGUUUGCUUUGGGCAUGCUUAGCUUCCAUAAUAUAAAUAUAUAAAUAUAACUGUGCUUCGAUAUUAUACAUAUACAUAUACUAAUUGUAAAAACACUGACGUUAUCAAGAUACGUUUAGUGCGGAUGUGAAUCGACGUUCGGUCGAGUGUUUCUUUUUCUCAUAGGGGAUGUUUUAACCCGAUCGAAUAACACUGGUUUUGUGAAAUUGUUAUGUAUAUUAUUAUUAUUAUUUCUUGUUUGUAAGGACUACUUUUUUAAACAAUGUAUUAUUUAUUUUGUAAGGCGGCGAGUGAAUGUGAUCGAGUGAGGACUGAGUUGUCGUCGAACUAGAACUAGUUGAAAUUAUGGAUUUAAUAAUAAUUACAAUUAUUAUUAUUGAUUAUACAUAAAAUCAUUUCUCCACAGAGAGAAAUACAAACCGAAAGGUG